AGCCACUCCUAGUACCAGUUGCUGCCCAGCCUUCCCACUUGCUUUCUGGCCUGCCUCUGGCUGCCUUGAAUGCCUGCUUCUUCUAGCAACCUGUGGGUCUGACGAAGCAGGGACCAUGUCUACCUUUGGCUACCGAAGAGGACUUAGUAAAUAUGAAUCCAUUGAUGAGGAUGAACUCCUGGCCUCCCUGUCAGCUGAGGAGCUGAAGGAGCUGGAGAGGGAGCUGGAAGACAUUGAACCUGAUCGUAACCUUCCUGUGGGUCUAAGGCAAAAGAGUCUGACUGAGAAAACGCCCACAGGGACAUUCAGCAGAGAGGCACUGAUGGCCUAUUGGGAAAAGGAGUCCCAAAAACUCUUGGAGAAGGAGAGGCUGGGGGAGUGUGGAAAGGUUUCAGAAGAAGACAAAGAAGAGAGUGAGGAAGAAUUGAUCUUCACUGAAAGUAACAGUGAGGUAUCUGAGGAUGUGUACACAGAGGAAGAGGAGCAGGAGGAAUCCCAGGAGGAAGACGAGGACGAAGAGGAAGAAGACAGUGAAGAAGAGGAAAGUAUUGAAACACCAAAAGGUAUGAAUGGAACUGUAAAUUAUGAUACUGUCAAUUCUGAAGACUCUAAGCCAAAGAUAUUUAGGAGUCAAGUAGAAAAUAUAAAUUUGACUAAUGGCAACAGUAGCAGGAACACAGAGUCCCCAGCUCCCAUUCACCCUUGUGGAAAUCCUACUGUGAUUGAGGAUGCUUUGGAAAAAAUUAAAAACAAUGACCCUGACACCACAGAAGUCAAUUUGAACAAUAUAGAGAACAUCACAACACAAACUCUCACCCGCUUUGCAGAAGCUCUCAAGGACAACACGGUAGUGAAGACGUUCAGCCUGGCCAACACACAUGCUGAUGACAGUGUGGCCAAAGUCAUUGCGGAAAUGCUCAAGGUCAAUGAGCACAUCACCAAUGUGAAUGUGGAAUCCAACUUUAUCACCGGCAAGGGGAUCCUGGCCAUCAUGAGAGCUCUGCAGCACAACACAGUGCUCACAGAGCUGCGCUUCCACAACCAGAGGCACAUCAUGGGCAGCCAGGUUGAGAUGGAGAUCGUCAAGCUGCUGAAGGAGAACACAACAUUAUUGAGGCUGGGGUACCAUUUUGAGCUCCCAGGACCAAGAAUGAGCAUGACGAGCAUCUUAACAAGAAAUAUGGAUAAGCAGAGGCAAAAGCGGAUGCAGGAGCAAAAACAGCAAGAGGGAUAUGAUGGAGGAUCCAGUCUUAGGACCAAAGUCUGGCAAAGAGGAACACCUGGCUCUUCACCUUAUGCAUCUCCCAGGCACUCUCCCUGGUCAUCCCCCAAAGUCCCCAAGAAAGUCCAGACUGUGGUCCCACCCCCCCCUCCUCCUCCUCCCCCUCCCCCUCUUCCUCCCCAAAUGGUGCCUCCUCCUCCACCACCUCCUCCUCCUCCACUGCCAGAGAAAAAGCUCAUCACCCGAAAUAUUGCAGAAGUUAUCAAACAACAGGAGAGUGCCCAGCGGGCUCUACAAAAUGGACAGAAAAAGAAAAAAGGCAAAAAGGCUAAGAAACAGCCAAACAAUAUCUUAAAGGAAAUAAAAAAUUCUCUGAGGUCAGUGCAAGAGAAGAAAAUGGAAGACAAUUCCCGACCUUCUACUCCACAGAGGUCAGCUCAUGACAACCUCAUGGAAGCGAUUCGGGGAAGCAGCAUAAGACAGCUAAGGAGGGUGGAGGUUCCGGAAGCUCUGCGAUAAAAAAACAGACUCUAGAAGAGGACGGAACUGUCAAGUGGUGUUAAAAUGACAUGCAUUGUGAGAUGUUUCUAAAAUACCUUCUUCAAAUGAAAUGUUCCCUGCCUUUAAAGCUAGCCUCACCUAAGAAUUCUAAAGAGAAUUUUAAGAAACAAUCAGCAUGUUUCUUCUGUAAAUAUGACAAUAAACUUCUUUUUUAUAACAUGAGAUUUAUAUGGGCAGGAAGUGGUUAAAGAUCCUUAUAUCUGGAUGUGUUGGCGGCUCUGACUUGUAAUGACUUAUAGAAAUGUGCUGUUAUUUUUGUAAUCCAAAUAAAUUUGGAUUGAAGGCUUAUUUUCCUUUUUUAAACGCCAAACUAAUGUUUUUCUGAGUUGAUACAUCUGUCAAGUAUGUAUGUAACAUUUCUGAAUAUUAAAAAUAUUAUGUUUUCACCCAAAAGUGGUUUAAAUUGUUAGCACUUGCCUUUUCCUUGUUUUCUCAUGGCCAUGAAAAUCUGACUAGAUCUCUUUCUUAAGACCUGGAAUCAAUAAUUUCCUCAAAAGUCUCUAUUAGGCCGGGGAUUUAGCUCAGUGGUUCCACCACCUGCCUUGCAAGCUCAAGGUCCUGAGUUUGAUCCCUGGUACCAAAUCAAACAAACAAACAAACAAACAAAAUAAAAGUCUCUUUUAGUAGUAAAAAAAAAAAAAAAA